AGACAGCAACGGGUACAAACCAUGCGCACCCCACCAACUCUUUUCCUGGGCUUGCUAGGUCUCCACGCAGUUGCAGCGGCACUCCCAGAACCAGCAUCGGUAUGUGAAUCGAGAACCGUCAACUACAUCACCCAUACCCUACCGCAACAAUGUCUUCGUACUGCGUGGACGACCCCAACUGCCGUUACGAGCGCAAUCGCCGCCGACACCACCUCUUCUGAGGUCCCCAGUAACGAAACCGCAGCGCCGGCGCAAGCGAAGGAGACUCAGCAGCAACAUCCAGACCAGCCCAAGCCUUCGGCGGAACAUACACAGGAGCAGACAAAGGAGGAACAGGAGGAUGAGGACUUGGCGGCUAGCACUUUCAUGUCGUUUGAAGAAUGGAAGGAGAUGAUGCUGCGCAAGUCUGGCGACCCCGCCAACACCAAGGGCGGGCAGAAGCAGCCGGCACAGCAGAGAACCGGCGGCGAGCAUGACCAGAACGGCCCCAACAGCGAUACCGACAGCCACCGGCCAGGAGACGACGGCGAAAACCCCCUAAACUUCGACGCCCUCUCGGAAAAAGUCUCGGAACUGACCUCUUCACCCUCGGGUGACCCCUCGACCGAUUACGGCAGCGACAAAGCCAGAACGGACGACCAAGUCGUCCACGAGGACGGCAAAACGCAAUAUUAUCGUAGCAAGGAUGCCGGAAAGACAUGCAAGGAGCGCUUUUCGUACUCCUCCUUCGACGCCGGUGCUAUUGUCAAGAAGACAAGCCCUGGGGCCAAGAACGCCAAAGCCAUUCUCGUCGAAAACAAAGACUCGUACAUGCUCCUCGAAUGUCAUGCCAAGAGCAAGUUUGUCAUUGUCCAGCUGAGUGACGAUAUUCUCGUUGACACGGUGGUCCUGGCCAACUUUGAGUUCUUCUCGAGCAUGAUCCGCCAGUUCAAGGUCAGCGUGAGCGACCGCUACCCCGUCAAGCUGGACAAGUGGGUUGAGCUGGGAACGUUCGAGGCGAGGAACUCAAGGGAUAUUCAGGCCUUCUCGGUGGAACAUCCUCAGAUUUACACCAAGUAUAUCCGGAUCGAGUUCCUCAGCCAUUACGGAAAUGAGUAUUACUGCCCUGUAUCGCUACUCAGAGUCCAUGGAACCAGGAUGCUGGAUACAUGGAAGGAGCCGGAUGAUAGGCACGAUGAUGAGCAGGAGACAAUCGAAGCUCCCCCAGUGCAGGAGCAGUUGCCGCAGACUCCUGAACCUGAGCAGCCGAGUCCUCAAGUUGGACAACCGAGUGUUGCGAGUGAGCCGGCGCCCAGUACUGUCACCGAACUAGAAGAAGAGGCACAUCAGGAGACCGAGCCUGUCCAGGCCGUGGAGCUGGGCUUCACGCCUUGGGAACCCGUAUUCUAUCGUGACUUUUCUUUUGAAAUUUGCGACUUGCGUUCGCGAACGACUGGUCAAUCCACUGCCACCUCGCCCGAAGCAGACAACAAACAGGGUAGAAACUCCGAUACGGCCAAGGAGCAGGCCUCAACUGGAAGCGCUGUGCAUGAGACUUUAGUGCCCAAGGCUUCUUCAACAGCAUCCAAACCUCAGGAAAUAGCCAAGGCCCAACCCGCCAGCUCUGCUGCCUCUCACACUCCUGUACCGCCUCAAGUAAGCGGCACCAUAACGGGCUCUCCCAGCAACAAGGCCCCCCUGUCUCGUUCUAAUACCGCCAGCAAUGAGACCGCCCCUUCAGUCUCUCCCGCCGCGAAGCCCUCUGGCAGCAGCAACAGCACAGCCGGCACCACAAGCCGUAGCGACAGCAAAGACUACGGCAACAACGCCAGCGCCAACGCCGGUACCGGCGGCAGCCCCCUUAACAACAGCAGCCAAAACAACAAAAACAAUCAACCCCGAAAACCCGCCUCGGGCGCCGGUCACGGUGGCUCACCGACCUCCUCCGCCCCCCCUUUACCUACCAUUCAAGAAUCCUUCUUCAAAACAGUUCACAAACGCCUCACGCACCUAGAAUCCAACACCUCGCUCUCCCUCCAAUACAUCGAGCAACAGUCGCGUUUCCUGCAAGACGUGCUCUCCAAACUCGAGCGGCGCCAGCUCACGCGCGUCGACACCUUUCUGGACACGCUCAACAAGACGGUAUUAACAGAAUUGCGCAACGUGCGGCAGCAGUACGACCAGAUCUGGCAGAGCACAGUAAUUGCUUUGGAGACGCAGCGGGAGCAGACGGAGCGCGAAGUGGUGGCGCUCAGUGGACGGUUGAACGUGUUGGCGGAUGAGGUGGUGUUUCAGAAGAGGAUGGCGAUUUUGCAGAGCGUGUUGUUGUUGAGUUGUUUGAUAUUGGUUAUCUUCAAUAGGACUGGUGGUGGUGGUGGUGGUGGUGGCGUUAAUGGCGGCGGGGGUAUUGCGCUGAACAGUAAUAGAGGAACAGGAGGCAGGCCUGGUUCAAGAGGCGGAGGAGGGGGAGGGGGAGGUUGGUUUGAUUCCCCCAUUCAGGCCGUCCAGCGACGAUCGAUGAAACCUGGUUCGGGAUGGAUCAGCAACAUGAGCAUGAGUAUGGGAAUGAGUAGUCCGUUUCCUUUCUCCACGACAGUGUCAACGUCUGGGGUACAACAGCAAGUGACGGCAGUAGCAACAGCAGAAGCACGUUCAGGCUCGGGCGAGGAUGCAGAUUCCGUGGGAACAAGCACGGGUGUUGAUAUCGCGGCAGCACAACAACGCAAUCAGCAGCAGCUUCAUCCGAAUGAUAAUCACAACCUCGGGCAACGCCAACAUCAACACAUGUUACAGACACAGCAACACUCAUAUGCUUACCCACGCAACAACGACAAAGCUCUCCCGCUCACUCCCACCUCCGAGUAUGAUAGCAGGGAAGGGACUCCACUUGUUCACACAUCGCCACUCCGGCAGACCUCAACGACUAUAGACGAGGUUCUGGCUGCAGAGGAUGCCGAUGAUGAUUCACAGUUGUAUACGCAGUCGUCGUUUGGACCCGAGUCCGAAUGCGUCCCAGAUCAGGAGGAGUCGUCUCGGUCUUCGUCGUCUGAAUUUGAGUCUGGCGGGUUGACGCAAGAGAGAACAUUAGAAAUAUAUCAAGAAAGCACCGAGCCUAACCGCAACGGAGUUACGAACGUGCCUGUUCGUUCUAACUCCGCCGAGGAAAGUAGCGAGAGGAUUGAGGAAGACAAUAUUAAUCUGAUGCCGGUGGAUUCCAUUGAGUAUCACCAGCAGCAAACACUACGGCCCCGAGCCAGGCCUUCACGUACUCACCUUGGCUCAGAGACCGUGAAGCCAUUGCCCGCUGUACCAGAAACUUCCAAGUUCAUAAUAACAUAAUGCCUGGUGGUCGGGUUUAGCGAGAUCAUGCAUGCCAGCAAGUCCAUAGCAAAAUAUACGUUUGAGCAAAGACG